AUGCAGCGCAGAGCAGUGCCGCGGCAAGGGGUCGGCCCGCACCCCGCACCGCGCACCCCGCACCGUGCACCCCACACUGUGCACCACACACCCUGCACCGCGCACCCCACACUGCGCACCCCGCACCCCACACCGCGCACCCCGCACCGUGCACCCCGCACCUCGCACCGUGCACCCCGCACCGCGCACCGCACACUGCGCACCGCGCACCCCGCACUGCGCACCCCGCACCGUGUACCCCACACCCCACACCGCACACCCCGCACCCCGCACCGUGCACCCCGCACCGCGCACCCCGCACCGUGCACCCCACACUGCACACCCCGCACCCCACACCGCGCACCCCGCACCGUGCACCCCGCACCUCGCACCGUGCACCCCGCACCCCACACUGCGCACCCCGCACCCCGCACCGCACACCGCACACCCCGCACCGUGCACCCCGCACUGCGCACCCCGCACCGUGCACCGCGCACCGCGUACCCCGUACCCCGCACCAUGCACCCCGCACCCCGCACUGCACACCCCGCACCCCACACCGCGCACCGCGCACCCCGCACCCCGCACUGCACACCCCGCACCCCGCACCGCGCACCCCGCACCGUGCACUGUGUACCGUGCACCCCGCACUGGGCACCCCGCACCGUGCACUGUGUACCGCGCACCCCGCACCCCGCACCGCACACGCCACACCACGCACCCCGCACCAUGCACCCCGCACCCCGCACCGCGCACCCCGCACCGUGCACUGUGUACCGUGCACCCCGCACCCCGCACUGCACACCCCGCACCGCGCACCCCGCACCGUGCACCCCGCACCCCGCACAGCAGCCGCCGCGGGCGCGCGGCUGA